CUGGCUGAGGACUCGGCCACUGGAGACAGUGCAGCGUCCACUCUGGUCCCUGUCCCGUGGCCUCGAUUUCUCGGCUGCGAGCUCUCUAUGGUUCUGGCACGACAUGUGGCGCCUGACGGGGCUCCUGGGGCGAGCUCUUCCCCGCCUGCUAGGACCUGGUUUCCAAGGGGUAACACCAAGGCCCACUAGUUCAGAUGGGCCUCAGACGACCUCUACUACCCUGCUGCUCCCCAGGCCCAGCCUUGAAAGGUCAGGCUCUCAUGGUCCAAAGAGGGACAGGGACCCAAAGUACCAUGGCUGGAAAGAUGCCUUCCACUGGGUGUCUGCUCAUGUCUCCCCGAACACUCUGCGGGAUGCCAUCUCAUGGGGCACUCUGGCCGUGCUGGGCUUGCACCUGGCAAGGCAGAUCCACUUCCACGCACCCCUGGUAGGAGGACCCCAGCCAGCUGAACACUGCUCUUGGCACAGUGCCCUUAACCGCUUCCUCCCCUCUUCCUGGUGGCACCCAUACGCCUCGCUUCGGAGGCACGUUCUUCCAAGGCCUGACUGUACAGCUCCCAGGGACAUUGGCCUCAGGCAACCAAGGCUGGGCCAGGAAGAAGCCUCAGCUCGGCCCCAGUGUGUUCCUGCAGACAGCUCCCUGACAGCUGGCCUGAACCUACCUGAGGAAGAGCCCAGUGACUUUGGCUUCCUGCAUGCCAGCGAGGACUUCACAUCCCAGGCACAGGCAGCUGAGGCCCACCCCGCUGGAGAAAAAAAUGAACAAGACAAGCCCAAGGCUCUUCCCCUAGAGGAGGCUGUGAUGUCCAUCCAGCAACUCUUUCAGCUCAGCGUUGCCAUCGCUUUCAACUUCCUGGGGACAGAGAACGUAAAGACGGGGGACUACAUGGCAGCCUUCUCCUACUUCCAGAAAGCCGCAGACCGUGGCUACAGCAAAGCACAGUACAAUGUGGGCUUGUGUCUGGAGCAUGGCAGAGGCACCCCCAGGGACCUCAGCAAGGCGAUCCUCUUUUACCACCUGGCUGCCAUCCAGGGCCAUAGCUUGGCUCAGUACCGCUAUGCCCGGUGCUUGUUGCAGAGUCCAGGCACUUUGUCAGACCCCGAGCAGCAGAGGGCAGUGUCUAUGCUGAAGCAGGCUGCAGACUCUGGCUUAACAGAGGCCCAAGCUUUCCUUGGGGUGCUUUUUACCAAGGAGCCACACCUGGAUGAGCAGAGGGCUGUGAAAUACCUUUGGCUGGCAGCCAGCAAUGGGGACUCUCAGAGCAGAUUCCACUUGGGAAUUUGCUAUGAGAAGGGUCUCGGUGUACAGAGGAAUGUGGGAGAGGCUGUGAAAUGCUACCAGCAGUCGGCAGCUAUGGGGAGCAAACCCGCCCAGAAAAGGCUUCGGACCCUCUUUAGCGUGGAGAUAGCAGCCCCAGGCCCCGGCCAUCUGGCCACUACAGGAUUGAAGUCUUUCUCGAGCCCCUCCCUCUGUACCCUGAACCCCCUGUUGGCAGGUGCCUCCGGCCUCCCUCGUGCCUCAAGCACUGGGAGCCUUGGCCUCCUCUGCAGAAGUGGCCAUCUUGGAACCAACAGUGGUGCCCCCAGCAGGGCCAUACCGUCCUUGGAAAGGAGUCUUGUGAGACUGGGUUUCGGCUAAGACCUCCACCUUAAUGAUGGAGCCUGAGAGUUCUCCGAGACCACAACUUGAAUCCCAAAGAAGAGGCCAGUUAGCUACUCACCUUCCCAGAACCCAUCAGCAUCUCCUCAGCACCAUAAAGAAGAGAUAAGAACGUGUGUAAAGACCCAGGCUCUGGCGCUGCCACCUGGAAGCAGUGACCUGUUUUUUCCAACAUUGUUCCCUCAGUUGUAGACCAAGGGCAGCAGCGUGUGCCCCCUGCCUUAAAGGACUGAGGUGCAGCCAUUUUACUGCAGAAAGGACCUUACUCCUUGCUUAGGUUCCUGAAGCCAGAGUGGUGCCUGCAGUUCCAUGGCCUUAAGAGUCACCAGGCAGCCGGUCAUGGUGGCGCACGCCUUUAAUCCCAGCACUUGGGAGGCAGA